CCCAUUCUCACCAUUGCUGUCCCUUUCAAUGGUGGUUUCUGCAUCAUAUAUUGGGUCCGAUUAGUUGGGCAUAUACCAGAGCGUUGAAUCAAGGUCCUCGUCAUUCCAUAGAAUAAAACAAGAGAAAGAACCAAACAGCAGCAGCUUCAGUUGGUUUUCUCUGUCAAAAACCAGCAACCCAGCAACCAGAUUUGGAAAGAAACCUCGAGUCAAGCAGCUACAUAUACAAAUUGACCUCUGGUCUUCAUGGGUUCUCAACCAAAGAGUUCAGAAGCUGGAAUUGUUACUAUCAAUGUCAAGGAAGCUAAAGAUCUUCUUGAUUCGGGCUAUUUCUAUCUGGAUGUCAGGGCAGUGGAUGAGUACAAGAAAGGGCAUGUGGACACACCAAAGAUCUUCAACAUACCUUACAUGUUCAACAAGCCAGAAGGGAGGGUGAAGAAUUCUGAUUUCUUGAAAGAGGUCUCAUCUAUCUUCAAGGAGGAAGACAGUGUUGUAGUGGGCUGCCAAAGUGGGGUCAGAUCACUUUAUGCAACUGGUGACCUUCUUGAAGCUGGUUUCAAGAAUAUGAGCAACAUGGGAGGAGGUUAUCUCUCUUGGGUGGAGACUGGUUUUGCUGUGAAGAGGGAGGAGAAUCACCAGGAGGAGCCAAAAAUUGAGCUCUAAUUUACUUCUCUAGUUAUAUAUAUAUAUACAUGUUACUGUAAGAACUAUUUGACCUAAACCCGAAAUAAUAGAAAAUGUUUCUUCUGGUUGAAAUACAACUAUAACUUGUCCCUUAACAAA